AUGUCGAGGGCCUCAUCAACUACGGCUCCUGAGCUUAGCCCUCGAUUCUGCUUCAAUGAGAAGCUGCUCACAGACUCGGCUGCUUGUCAGACCUUUAAGGAAAACGCAUUAUUUCCCGCGUGGCAAACUCGUUCAGAUGUGAUCAACUAUUGCGCCGGUGUGGCUACAAGUCCUGAUCCGGAUGACCCGGAUCUGAUUCUUCGAGAGACCGAAUCCGCAAGAGACCGAGAGCGAGUCGUUGAUGAGCGACUCGACCCGUAUUCCUCACGUUUCUUCCCUCGGGAAGCGCGAACCGAGUCGCUAGCAAAUUUGGUUCGGAAUCAGCGUAGCGUCGAAGAGAUCAUACGUUCUCGUACUUGGGGUCUAGUGACAGAGAGAUGCAAUGACUCGUCGACCAGCUGGGAAGAGGCGCUCAAUAGCUGGCGUGAGAAGCAACGACGGUGA